AUGACGACUGAAAACAGAUUACAGUUACAGAAAACACAGUAUCUACAGCUGGGACAGAGUCGUGGCCAGUACUAUGGAGGGUCACUGCCGAAUGUGAAUCAGAUUGGGAACAGUGCCGUGGACCUGCCUUUCCAGACUCCUUUUCAGUCAUCUGGACUGGAUACAAGUAGGACAACUCGGCAUCAUGGUCUGGUGGACAGAGUGUAUCGUGAGAGAAACCGCCUUGGGUCACCACACCGGCGUCCGCUGUCUGUGGAUAAACAUGGAAGGCAGGUGGACAGUUGUCCAUAUGGCACUGUGUAUCUGUCGCCUCCAUCGGAUACAAGCUGGAGGAGGACCAAUUCGGAUUCUGCCUUGCAUCAAAGUACAAUCACCCCAACUCAACAAGAGUCCUUUUCAGGAGGGUCACAAGACAUGCAGCAAAAAAGAGUCUUAUUACUGACUGUCCCUGGAAUGGAGGAAAGCACAUCUGAAACAGACAAAGCCCUCUCUAAACAAGCAUGGGACACUAAAAAGACAGGGUCUUCAAGGCCUAAAUCAUGUGAAGUUCCAGGAAUCAACAUCUUUCCAUCAGCUGACCAGGAAAACACUACAACGCUGAUUCCGGCUGCACAUAACACAGGUGGCUCUCUGCCAGACCUGACAAACAUCCAUUUCCCUUCUCCUCUUCCAACACCACUAGAUCCUGAGGAAUCCACAUUCCCAUCCCUGAGUGGCUCCAAUAGCACCGGAAAUCUUGCAGCCAACUUGACUCACUUGGGCAUCAGCACUGCCAGUCAGGGAAUGACAACGACGCAAGCCUCCUCCCGACAGCCGGCUGUCAGUCCCCUCUCACUGAAUGCAGACUCCAGACGACCACAGUCCCAGCAGAUGUCUCCUACGCUUUCACCUCUGUCACCAAUUACUCAGGCUGUGGCUAUGGAUGCAUUGUCUUUGGAACAGCAGCUUCCACCGUAUCAGUUUUUUACCCAGACUAGUUCCCAGCAACAGCAACAGACCCAAGUGGCAAGUAGUCUGCCUCAGAAUACCCCUUUAAUGCAGAGUUCUGGCUUACAGCGAGGAUCACAGCUUCCCCCCCUCUCAGUCACGGUACCAUCUACCAUCCCGCAGUCACCUCCAGGCAGCCAGACCCAACCUUCCAUGGGCAUAGACAUCAACUCGGCUUCACUCCAGCAGUACCGCAGUAAUGCUGGAUCCCCAGCCAACCAGUCUCCCACUUCUCCUGUCUCCAAUCAAGGCUUCUCUCCUGGCAGCUCCCCUCAACAUUCUUCCAUUCUGGGGAGUGUAUUUGGUGACUCCUAUUAUGAUCAGCAGAUGACAGCUAGGCAGGCUAAUGCCCUAUCCCAUCAGCUUGAACAGUUUAAUAUGAUAGAAAACGCCAUUAGUUCCAACAGCCUAUACAGCCCCUGCUCCACCCUUAACUACUCCCAGGCAGCCAUGAUGGGACUUACUGGGAGCCAUGGCAACUUGCAGGACUCUCAACAGCUGAACUACUCCAGCCAUGGAAACAUCCCCAACAUCAUCCUCACAGUGACAGGAGAAUCUCCUCCCAGCUUAUCAAAGGAACUGACCAGCUCUUUGGCAGGUGUUGGAGAUGUCAGCUUUGAUUCGGAUUCCCAGUUCCCUCUGGAUGAACUCAAAAUUGACCCUUUAACCUUGGAUGGACUGCACAUGCUUAAUGACCCAGAUAUGGUCCUCACCGAUCCUGCUACAGAGGACACUUUCAGGAUGGACCGGCUGUAGACUGAGGACACCAUGAGCCUGGGAAUAAAAUUAGUUCCUGGAGCCCAGCUGAACUGAAGAGUCCAAUGGGUCAGUCAUGUCAGAUUAAAGAGUUACCGAGAGCAGUAGCUCUGUCAUGUACAACAUGUACAAUGAGUAAAGCUUGUUGUUCUAA